AUAACCUCAAAGUUAUUUCCAGACCCGACGAACGUGGGGUUUGUCACAGUGUUUUUGCAGACGUUGACGAGGAAAGACGUGGAAAAGCGUGAAAAGUGUGUGAUUUAUUAGACCCACAAUGAUAAUUGUGACAAAUCCUGGCAAUCCUUAUGGAUUAGCUUUGCUUACAGCUGGAAAAUUUGCAAAGAAGCCUGUAAAAGUUGAGCAAAUUGGAAACAAUGAUGCCCAGCUAAAGCCUCCGAAGCAUUUGCCACUUGUGCGACUGCAGUCCGGUCAGGAGAUUUUCGGUAUAGAGGCUAGUUUGCGGUAUCUUCUGGGAGAAUCAGUGGAGCAUUCCCUAAAAGAACAGGAACUCACUGAGUGGCUUCUGACGCAUUUUAUUCCAAUUCUAAAUCAGCUAGUUUUGUCUGGAAAUCGCAGAGAUGCAUCUCAGGCAACGAAAUUGGCAGGAUUUACGAAGAAACUCGAUGAUCUCUUGAAAGAAGGAGACUUCCUUUCUGGGAACUCUCCAAGUACCCCGGAUUUCAUUCUAUGGAGCCACUUGGCAGUCGAGGGAGCUCUCAAGGAAGUGUCUACAGCUGAGAAUCUCUGCAAGUGGCACAAAAACUUCUCAUCUCGCUCAGAGGCACAAGAAGCUCUCUCUGACUUCAAAGAUCUCAACUUCCUAUCCCUCCAGAAUUCAAAUAGAUUUGGUGCUUUGGCUCCUAGUACGGCACCAAGUUCCUCGAUAGAUGAAUCACCAACAGCUGACGUAAUAUCGGCCGAAGAGAUUGCAUCAGCUCGUGAGGGAUUCACUUUCCAAGACAUUCCUCAAGCCAAAGAAGCCCGAACUGUUUUACCCAAGGCUGGGGAGAGAAAUAUUUUGAUCACUUCAGCACUGCCCUAUGUCAACAAUGUCCCACAUCUUGGAAAUAUUAUUGGAUGCGUCUUGUCGGCUGAUAUUUUUGCCCGGUAUUCUCGUCUUUGUGGCUACAAUACGCUAUUUAUCUGCGGAACGGACGAAUAUGGAACGGCGACUGAGACCAAAGCUAUUUCCGAGAAAAUGACUCCUCAGGAGAUCUGUGACAAAUACUUUGAGAUCCACAAUUCUAUCUAUCGUUGGUUUGGUAUUGGAUUUGACUAUUUCGGUCGUACCACUACGCCAGAGCAAACACAGAUUGUCCAGCAAAUGUUCCAUGAACUCUUUGAGGCUGGAUUCGUGGAGACCGAGUCUGUGGCUCAGUUGCUGUGUCAGAAGUGCCAACGCUACCUGGCUGAUCGCUUUGUUGAGGGUGUGUGUCCUCAUCCAGGUUGUGGCUACGAAGAUGCCCGAGGGGAUCAGUGUGACAGCUGCGGGAAGUUGGUGAAUGCCACAGAAUUGAUCAAACCAAGAUGCAAACUGUGCAAUACUACGCCAGUAGUCCGUGAUUCCAGUCAGUUCUUCAUCAAUUUGCCCAAGAUUGAGCCCAAAUUGCGCGAAUGGUUUGCAUCUGUGGAGUCCGGAUGGACUCACAAUGCUCGAGUGAUUACAAAAUCAUGGCUGAGGGAGGGACUUCGGUCGAGAUGCAUUACUCGCGAUCUCAAAUGGGGCAUUCCCGUGCCUAAGCCAGGCUUCGAAAGUAAGGUGUUCUAUGUGUGGUUCGAUGCUCCCAUUGGCUAUGUCUCCAUCACCAGUAAAUAUACUAAGGAAUGGAGACAGUGGUGGCAACCAAAUGAUGAUGUCAAUGUGGCGCUGUAUCAGUUCAUGGCUAAGGACAAUGUACCGUUCCAUUCGGUUAUGUUCCCGGCGACCCUUCUGGGUAUUAACAAGGGCUAUACCCUCGUGAGUCACAUCAUGGCAACUGAAUAUCUCAAUUACGAGGAUGGAAAGUUCAGCAAGAGCAGGGGAAUUGGAGUCUUUGGCAAUGAUGCUCAGGACACUGGAAUCCCUGCAGAUGUCUGGCGUUUUUAUUUGGCCAGUGCUCGACCUGAGGGUCAAGAUUCCAGUUUCAGCUGGAAUGAUCUCGAGGCUAGGAAUAAUUCCGAGCUACUGAACAAUCUGGGGAAUUUUAUCAAUCGUGCCCUGGUGUUCUGUGAAAAGAAUUUUGGUGCAAUUAUUCCUCAAAUGGUGCUGCAGGAGGAAGAUUUUGUGCUGCUGGCUCAGACGAAUAGAGAAUUUAGGGAGUAUGUUGCUUGCAUGGAAAAGGCUAAAAUGCGCGAUGGUAUCAAGCAUAUCUUGGCCAUUUCGCGGCAUGGUAAUCAAUUUAUGCAAGUUACUCAGCCUUGGGUACUUCUCAAGGGCACUGAUGACCAGAAAGCACGAGCUGGAACGGUGAUUGGGCUGUGUGCAAAUCUAGCAGUUCUCCUGGCAACUCUUCUCUUUCCAUUUAUGCCAGAUACUUCGAGGAGAAUUUUCAAACAAACAAAUAUAUCCCGAGGAUUUAUAGAUUCAAGUGAUCCAAGAGUGAAGAUGUGGCUAAAACCUGGUCAUAAGAUUGGGAAGCCAGAGCCACUAUUUGUUAAGAUUGAACAAGGAAGGAUUGAGGAGUUAAAGAAGAAAUAUGCGGGACAGCAGCAAGUAGCCAGUGGCCAAGCUCCACCCAAAGUGUCUGAAGCUCUACCUAAGUUGUCCCUCAAGGAUCUCGAGGAAGCUAUAGUAAAACAGGGUGAAAAAGUGAGACAACUCAAGGCUACAGCCGAGAAGGCCAUCUGGCAGCCAGAAGUGGAGAAAUUACUGACACUCAAAAAGCAACUGGCUGAACUUACUGGACAACCAGUUGCUCCUGCUAAGGAUAAAAAGAAGAAGAAGUAAGGUAAAUAUUUAUUUUAUUAAUAAUUUAUAAUAAUUUUCAGUGUUUGUGGAUUUAUUUCUAAAAGAAAAGGUUGUCAGUAAGAAGUAUUUGAACUAGAUGCCCAGGAAUAAAGAAAUUUCAGUAAAUGAAA